AUGGCAACUAAUACCGACGUAACGACGUUACAUCCAUUGAUUCAAUGGGCACAAAGCGAUAAGCUACUCUUUCUUACUGUUGAGAUUGAUGACGUGCAAGAACUUCAGAUCGGCGAUAAGUCUCUUCAUGUUAAGGGAACACAUAGCGGUAGCAAAGCAGUGUAUGAAGCUUCAGUAGAUUUGUAUGCAGGAGUGGAGAAAGAAUACCGGAAAAUAAAUAACGAUAGGCACUUGGAAUUGGUCAUCAAUAAGGAAGUAGCCCAUUGGUGGCCACGAUUAGCCAAAAGCAGUGCCAAGUUGCCGUGGGUGAAAAUCGACUUCAACAAAUGGAAAGAUGAAGACGAAGAAGACGAUGAUGUUAAUGGUGGUGAUCUUGAUUUCCAAAAUUAUAUGUCGAAGCUAGAUUCAGGUGGUUCAGGGGCUCCAAAUCUUGAUGAUUUUGAUGAUGAGGACGAUGAAGACAAAGAUGGUUUUGACGAUAUGCCAGAUCUAGAAGACGAUGAUGACGUCAAAGUGGAAGGCGGAAAGAUUGGAACCGUUACAGAACAGGAUGUCAAAGUUGAUAAUGAAAAGAAAGUAGCUGAAAGUGGAGAAAGUUGUUGA